AAAUUAUUAACUGCCGAUAAGCUGACGCAAUCGGAGUAAGUUCUUCCUGCGAACGAGAUAAUUGUGAAUUUUCGAAAAAAAAAUUAAUCAAAUAAUUAUUCAAGAUAAUUACUGAAGCACGCACAGGAGAUAUUGAUAUAAAUAAUUUGUUUCCUAGAAUCAACAUAAAAUAUGGGUAAAGGAGGAUCAAAAAAGAAGUCUCAGAAAUCAAAAGAGGCUUCUAAACAAAAAAGUUCUAAACAAAAACAAAAGGAUAGAUCCCAAGAGCCAAGUACCUCUCGGCAACAUCAACCAUGUAGUUCUAAACAACAACAGCAGGCAUUACAAGAUACCCCACAAGAACAGUCAUCAAGUGGUACCCAACAACAGAAAACAACACAUGAUACCCAACAACAGCAGUCAACACGUAGUACGCAACAACAGCAAGUAUUACAAGGUUCUGAACAAACACGGCCAUCACGUGGUACCCAACAACAACGGUCACCACAUGAUACACAACAACAGCAGAUAUUGCAAGGUACUCCACAAGCGGAGUUAUCACGUGGUACCCAACAACCACAGUCAAAAACAUCAGUCAUCACCUUAGUGUACUCACCAAUAUAUACUCCUAAAGUUCAGUCACAACAUGAUACCCAAGAACAGCAGUCACCACAUGGUGGGCAACAACAGCAAGUAUCACAAGUUACUCCACAAGAACGGUCAUCAAGUGGUACCCAACAACAGCAAACAGCACAUGGUACACAACAACAGCAGGUAUCACAACCUACUCAACAAGCAUGGCCAUCACGUGGUACCCAACAACAGCAGCCACCACAUGGUAUACAACAACAGCAGUCACCACAUGGUAGCCAACAACAACAGAUAACACAUGGUAUGCAACAACUGCAAGUAUCACAAGGUCUUCCACAAGCAUGGCCAUCACAUGGUGCCCAACAACAGCAGUCACCACAUGGUAUCCAACAACAGCAGCCACCACAAGGUACUCAACAAGCAUGGCCGUCACGUGGUACCCAACAACAGCAGGUAUUACAAGGUACUCCACAAGCAUGGCCAUCACGUGGUGCCCAACAACAACAGUCACCACAUGGUACCCAACAACAGCAGCCACCACAUGGUAUACAACAACAGCAGUCACCACAUGGUAUCCAACAACAGCAGCCACCACAUGGUACCCAACAACAACAGAUAACACAUGGUACGCAACAACAGCAAGUAUCACAAGGUACUCCACAAGCAUGGCCAUCACGUGGUGCCCAACAACAGCAGUCACCACAUGGUACCCAACAACAGCAGCCACCACAUGGUACCCAACAACAGCAGCCACCACAUGGUAUCCAACAACAGCAGCCACCACAUGGUACCCAACAACAACAGAUAACACAUGGUACGCAACAACAGCAAGUAUCACAAGGUACUCAACAAGCAUGGCCAUCACGUGGUGCCCAACAACAGCAGUCACCACAUGGUACCCAACAACAGCAGCCACCACAUGGUACCCAACAACAGCAGCCACCACAUGGUAUCCAACAACAGCAGCCACCACAUGGUACCCAACAACAACAGAUAACACAUGGUACGCAACAACAGCAAGUAUCACAAGGUACUCAACAAGCAUGGUCAUUUGGUGGUGCCCAACAACAGCAGUUACCAUCUGGUAGCCAACAACAGCAGUUACCAUGUGGUAGCCAACAACAGCAGUUACCAUGUGGUACCCAACAACAGCAGCCACCACGUGGUACUCAACAAGCAUUGUCAUUAAUUCGCACCAAAAAAAAGUCGACACAUGAUACUAAAAAACAGUGUCUACUAAGUUAUGAAAAUACAAAGGUACUUGUUCCUAUAAGACCAUGGCCACGUGGUACUCAUCAAGCAUGGCCAACUACUCCUGUACCAUCAGACGCAUUUAAAACUAAGGAGUCUGUAGAAAUAAAAACUGUACAAGACUACUCUAAAUUGAUACCAUUGAAAACCAGCCGUAGUGGAGGGCAGGUUGGUAGAAAAAUUAUUGUAGAAACGAACAUGCUUAAACUCAAUUUUCCUAAGAAUUUUCAAGCAAGGAUUAUACAUUAUGAUGUCGAUAUUGUACCAGAUAAACCGAAAUGUUUUUUAAGAUUUGUUUUUGAGGAAUUCAGGAAAAUACAUUGUCCGAAUAGAUAUCCUGCAUUUGAUGGCAGGAAGAAUGCAUAUAGUGCAAACGAUCUUCCUUUUGGUAAUGAAAGUAAAGUAGAAGAAAUAGAUGUUUUUGAUAAAGAACACAGAAAAAAUAGAACAUUCAAAAUAUGUUUGAAAAAAGUUUCAGUUCUUGAUUUAUCAUGGUUAAAAAGUCAAUUGACCAUUGAAAAUUUUGAUAAUGAAACAAAACAAAAGUGUAUUCAGGCAUUGGAUGUUAUUUUACGACAUGGUCCUGCAUACAAAUAUACAACGGUUGGCAGAUCACUCUUUCAACCACCAGAAGGUAGAGUUGUAUCAUUGUCAAAUGGUUUAGAUUUAUGGAUUGGUAUAUUUCAAUCUGUUAUAAUUGGAUCCAAGCCAUAUUUGAAUGUAGAUGUUGCACAUAAAGGAUUUCCAACAGAACAACCAGUUAUUAAUUUAAUGAAAGAAUUCUGCAAGAAUCCAAGAUCUGAUGUAUUACCAGCAGACAUAACUGCAGCAGACAUAAAACGAAAUGGAGAUAAAAUAACGAAAUUCUUAAAGGGAUUAAAAGUUCAAUAUGAAUUGCCUGGUCAACCUACCACUAAAAGAACUUAUAAUGUAAAUGGAUUAGUUCCUUCUCCAAGAGAGAAUAAAUUUUAUUUGUCAGAUGGAACUAGCUGCACAGUUGAACAAUAUUUUUUAAAAGCUAAAAAGUAUAAAAUAAAACAUAACGAUCUACCUUGCCUUUGGGUGGGAUCUAGAUCUACCAAUAUCCAUGUGCCCCCGGAGUUAUGUACAGUCGUAGCUGGGCAAGUCCAACGGAAAAAAAUGAAUGAUAUUCAAACUUCCAAAAUGAUUCGCGAAGCAGCAACUGAUACGAAGAAACGUAAACAGAAAAUCUUGGAGGGUUUUGCUAAAAUGGAUGUAAAUCAUCAACCAACUUUAGUGAACGAAUUCCAUUUUUCUGUACAAGGAGAAUUUGAGAAAGUGCCAGCAAGAGUUCUUCAAGCUCCCAUGUUGGAAUAUCAUGAGAAGAACAUUAAUGUACAAAAAGGAACAUGGAGAGCAGACAAAUUUUUAAAUCCAUGUACUUUACCAGAUAAUUCUUGGACUAUAUUAAAUUUAGACGGAUAUGUGCGUGAUCCUGAUUUAUAUAAUUUACAGUCUAAAUUGCAACAGUGUGGUAAAUCUCUGAACAUGAAUAUUAAUAAACCUCAAACUCCAUUUAGAACUCUAAGAUUACAAAGAGAUAGUAGAAACAUUCAAGAAUAUUUUAUGGAGAAAAAGCAACAAAGCAUAAAACUUGUAAUAGUAAUACUUCCGUAUGUGGAAUACGCAUACAGUGUGGUAAAACAAAUUUCCGAAAUUCAUAUAAUUGGCGGUAUUGUAACUCAAUGCAUAAGACAACAAACCUUAAAAAGAUUAAGCGAUUCAACGAUUGGAAAUAUUUUGUUAAAAAUUAAUUCAAAGCUUAAUGGUAUUAAUCACAAAUUGGCUCUGUCUCAUCGUCCUCCUUGUUUAGAUAUACCAUGUAUGAUUGUUGGUGCAGAUGUGACUCAUCCAUCACCUGAUGCCGUAAAUAUACCUUCCAUUGCUGCUGUUGCAGCAAGUCAUGAUCCCAAUGCUUUCCAAUAUAAUGUUGAAAUAAGACUUCAAUCACCGAGAGAAGAAAUAAUCGCCGAUUUGAAACAAAUUAUGAUAAAACAAUUAGUUUAUUUUUACCAGAGAACAGGACAUAAACCUCGAAGAUUAAUUUUUUAUCGAGACGGUGUAAGUGAAGGCCAACUUGCGCAAGUGAUAAAUUAUGAACUGUUUGCAAUAAAAGAAGCUAUCGCGCAAUUAGAGAACACUAAAACAUGUAUGGUGCCAAUUACGUUCCUCGUAGUUCAGAAACGACAUCAUAUACGUCUUUUCCCAACUGAUAUGAGAAAUUCCGAUGAUAGAAACUUUAACGUUCAAGCAGGUACCAUCGUUGAUUCAGAAAUUACGCAUCCAACUCAAAUUGAUUUUUAUCUCGUAUCUCAUGCUAGUAUACAAGGUACCGCGAGACCUACAAAAUAUAGAUGUAUAUGGAAUGAAAAUGGAAUGCACGAAGAUGAAAUUGAGGAGCUUACAUAUUAUCUUUGUCACUUGUUUGCACGUUGCACGAGAUCUGUUAGUUAUCCUGCACCCACAUAUUAUGCUCAUUUGGCUGCUUUUAGAGCAAGAGCAUUAAUACACAACGUUGAUUUGGAUUUAACUAAUCUGCAGAAAGAACAGGACAAAAAAUUGAAUUUACAAUUAAAUGAAAAUUCACCUAUGUUUUUUGUGUAAAACACAUAUACAUGUAUGUAUCUUUUUAGUCUUUAUAUUUGAUGUUGAUCAUAUAAAUUCUAAAAUAAUAUUAGUGUUUAAAAUAUCUUAUACAUGGUAAAUGAAAAUAACUUUUUUGUAUGUUACUCUAAUAAAUAUAUUUUCCAUAAUUUUUUAAUAUAUGUAAAAUAUAUUUUAUAUGUCUGUUUACAUAUAUUAUUAUAUUAUAGUAUAUAUAAUUGUUAUUUUGUAUCUUAGUUGAUUUUACGUACAAUUCGUAAUACUGUGUAAUAUUACGUAUAAAUUUCGAUCGACAUCGAACGUGGAAAUGGUUUAGAAUAUCAGCUUUGAAAUAAUUUACACGGAAUGUAAAUUAUUUAUGUAAAAGCGUAGAGUCUACUAUACUUAUAAAUACAUAAACUUAUAAAAGAAUUUAUAAAAAAAUCUUUACAUGUAUACGUAAUGUUAUAGAUCAAGUCGUACAAAGACAUCUGGAAGUCCAAUUAAGGCGCAAUUACAAAAGUUCCCAAAUUAAUCCUUUUAACUGGUUCUUUUUGCAAAUGAAAAUGUGAUGCAUUCAUGAACAUUGAAACAUUAGUACUGCAUAUUGGUAGUGAUGCAGUAAUGAAUUAAUCUUUAUCUCUCUUUUCGCGAAGAGUUGCUAUCCUAUAUAUUUCCCAUAUACACACGAACGACCAAAGUAUCAUUUGUCGAGUCCAUUUAGAAUUAUUUAGCGUGUAUCUUUUAAUCGAAGUCUGUCCAACUAGCGACUCGUGUCCCUCUUCAAGAGAAUAGCCCCCUCCAUACUUACUUUAAUCGAGUCACGGACGAGGUACAUAAGCCACAUUUCAAUAUUAGCAUUUCGAUAUCCACGAGUCGAACAAAUUUUGAUUUGAAAAAAAGAAAGCUAAGAGGAGAUUAAUUUCUAUACUUCUGUAGUUGCAGCCUUCUUUUAAUUUCAUUUAACUUCAAAAUGCAUUUUAUAGGGUUGUACGAAUUGAAUCUCGUGAAUCUAUAUAAUUAAUUAAGCAAAGUUGUAUAAAUCUGCAAAUUAUACAGAUCUUAUGCGUAAGGUGUAUUAUAAUGUAUUGUAAAAAUAAUAAAAAUAAUCAAUCCAAAUCUCCUUACGAAAGAUACGAAAAUAUCGCCCAUAAGUAAUUUUGAAUACAAAGCGAAAAUCCCGUUUUACUUUUAAAUUUAUUUUUUCAAACGAUUUGCUUUCAAAUUCGAACGAGAUAAACUCGAUCUUCAGAACUAUUAUAGACCAGGCAUGUGUUUGAGUUGGUCGUAUGCCUCGUCUGUGCUCGAAGUUAAUGACACGUUUUCAGAAAUGGCGCUUUGUUUCCAAAAAUGAAAGUAAUUCGUGUUCAAAAAUUUUUCGAAAAUUUGUCAUAGUUAGAAAACGGCUGGAUCGUAUAGAUUUCGUAUGAUAUUUUUCUGAUACUAAAUCCCAAAUUUCAGGUUAAAUACUCCUGUCAAUUUUCGAGAAAAUCACUUCAAUGGAUCUGUUGGUAUUCAAACUUAAAACUAGUUUAAACAAAAUUAUUUUUCAAAUUUCACGCUUCAUAACUUUGUACCGUACUACAAAGUUCUUUGGCGUUCAAAGAUCUUAUCAAAUCUGAAUUUGAAAACUUCAGAUACAAAAUAAUGUAGCAUUUUAUAAUUAAUAUCGUGCAACUAACAUCUCCCCAGUUUUGAAAUAACCUGCUAAGUUCAUAAAAAUUAUGAACUGUUAAGUUUAUAAAAGUUUAUAUUCAUUAUACUAUGUAUAAAUGUAUUCACAUUUAUUUCUCCUUCAAUUCAGUUUCCUAAAGCCAGCAUUCUUAAUUAACGUUUCAAUAAAUGAAAUCUUUCAGCUGUAGCUACUGAUUUGAUCGCUUUUGACGAUCGUGAUGGCGAUCACAGAUGGCGUAAGGAGCAUUCUAACUUUUCUCGGUAUUUCAGAAUGUGAGGCACGAAAAGCGAGUGACACGACGACCCACAUGAUGUCACGUCUAUCCUGUGUUUAGUUAAUGUUCUUGGUAAUGGAGUUUGGAUACACACAGCAAAUGUCCGUGUAGCAUUGCAAAUUUCGAAGAUAACAGAAAUUAUUCUCCGCGUAGGACAUAGAGUGCGUAGUUUUUAGAAAGGAAGGAAUCUGAAAUGAAGAGGUCUCUGUUCUCGCGGAUACUUCACGUGACCAGAAGCGUCUAUUGAUUCUUGGAGGCAGUGCAUGCGCCCUCGUCCUCGCAAUAUCUGCUGCCAAGGGGGUAUGUAAUACGCUGGAAACGCUGCUCGAGUUCCGUUCGCCUACAGGAGACGUGAAGGGGCCGUCGUUGAAUAUAGAAAACGAAGGGGUGAAAACGAGGAAAAAGCACGGGAAAGGAGAGCCAACGCAAUUCGCGAAAACCUCAGUAUCGCUUCGCGGAGCGCUAGUGCACAUUCCCGCUUCGGUCGCUAUGAUCAUUGUAGUUCUCACGAGAAGGCAGCUGCAAUAAUAGUUUAAGGAGACACGUGGAUCAUGCGAGGCCAAGGAGCGAAGUGGUGACCUAAAACUCAUCCUUGUUCUGACCCUCGAUGCUUACGCUACGGCUGGUGUCGACUCACUUCCUGAAGCAGCCAUAGGCAGUGCCCUUCGCCUUAGAGAAAGGGCUCGAUGCGAUGUGCCGUGAUAGGGACAUGAACCCAAAACUAGUCAAAUUAAACGAUCUCUUUUUAACGUCGUAUUGGUUGCCAACAUCGAUUUAAAAGUUGCUCGAAAGUUUUUCGUGCGCGUAUCGACGGAGGACUCUUCUUCGCCGGUCCCUUCGAGAGUUUUCGUAGUCGCUCGUCCUUCUAAUUUUGCGCAAUCCGUUUACCCCACACAUCGUUCCUUGCCCUCUGUUAAAAANAAAAAAAAAAAAAAAAAAAAAAAAAAAAGAAAAAAGGAAACCUUCUCUACGAGACUGAAUAUCCGAGACUUGUCAACGUCAAGUGAACGUGAACGUGAAACGUGAACGUAAACAUCAACGUCAACACAUCCAGCGUUAACCUCAAGUUCGACCUCACCAUCGACACUCUCACGGAAGAUAAAUAUAAAAUAAAUCCGAGGAAAGAAUUUCACGUCAAAGCGAACGACAAGGUAUCAUAACUACGUGUCUAUUGGGAAAGAAGUACGAAGAAAAGAGCUAAACGAACAGCU